AGCCUCGGGUGCUCAGGGCUGCAAUUUGUGAGCGCACAGUGAUGAAAUCGAGCUCUGGGCAAAUCAGAGGAGCCUGUCAACCUCCCAGGUGGGACUGCCCCGGGUUAACAGACUGAACUCGGAACCCCGAGCAGAGCAGCCCGCAGGCAGAGGGCAGCGGCAGGCAGCGGGCUUUCCAAGAACCCAGGCAUGGCUGGAGGAGGCCCCACGCGGCCGUGCCAGGUCUUGUCUCUGUUCACCUUUGCCGUCCUCUGCUUCGGGGCCUCAGUGAGUCGCACAAAGAGGGCGGAAGAGUGGGACGAAAGCCCCCUGUCAGUCUUAUCAGACUCCCCCUGGACCAACAUCUCGGGGUCUUGCAAGGGCAGGUGCUUUGAACUCGAAGAGGUCGGCCCCCCGGACUGUCGCUGCGACAACCUGUGCAAGAGCUACAGCAGCUGCUGCCACGACUUCGACGAGCUCUGCCUGAAGACCGCUCGAGGCUGGGAGUGCACCAAGGACAGAUGCGGAGAGGCCCGCAAUGAGGAGCACGCCUGCCACUGCUCGGAGGACUGCCUGGCCCGGGGAGACUGCUGCACCAACUACCAGGUGGUCUGCAAAGGAGAAACUCAUUGGGUGGAUGACGACUGUGAAGAGAUCAAGGCCCCCGAGUGUCCCGCGGGGUUUGCCCGACCUCCCCUCAUCAUCUUCUCUGUGGACGGGUUCCGCGCAUCCUACAUGAAGAAGGGCAGCAAGGUGAUGCCCAACAUUGAGAAGCUGCGGUCCUGCGGUACUCAUUCCCCCUACAUGAGGCCCGUGUACCCGACCAAGACCUUCCCCAACUUGUACACACUGGCUACUGGGCUGUAUCCAGAGUCGCACGGGAUUGUGGGGAACUCCAUGUACGACCCCGUGUUCGACGCUACCUUCCACCUCCGCGGGCGGGAGAAGUUUAACCAUCGCUGGUGGGGUGGUCAGCCGCUAUGGAUUACAGCUGCCAAGCAAGGGGUGCGAGCUGGAACAUUCUUUUGGUCUGUCGCCAUCCCCCAUGAGCGGAGGAUACUGACCAUCCUGCAGUGGCUCUCCCUGCCAGACAACGAGAGGCCAUCAGUCUAUGCCUUCUAUUCUGAGCAGCCUGACUUAUCUGGACACAAGUACGGACCCUUUGGCCCUGAGGAGAGUAGUUAUGGCUCACCUCUUACUCCGGCUAAGAGACCUAAGAGGAAAGUUGCCCCUAAGAGGAGACAGGAAAGACCAGUUCCUCCUCCAAAGAAAAGAAGAAGAAAAUUACAUAGGAUGGAUCAUUAUACGGCGGAAACUCGUCAGGACAAAAUGACAAACCCGCUGAGGGAUAUUGACAGAACCAUGGGGCAGCUCAUGGAUGGGCUGAAGCAACUGAAGCUUCAUCGGUGCGUGAACGUCAUCUUCGUGGGAGACCAUGGAAUGGAAGAUGUCACCUGUGAAAGAACUGAGUUUCUGAGCAAUUACCUGACCAAUGUGGAUGAUAUUACCUUAGUGCCCGGAACUUUGGGAAGAAUCCGGUCCAGAUUUAGCAAUAAUGCUAAAUAUGACCCGAAAGUCAUCAUGGCUAACCUCACGUGCAAGAGGCCAGACCAGCACUUCAAGCCUUACCUGAAGCAGCACCUCCCCAAACGCCUGCACUACGCCAACAACAGGAGGAUUGAGGACAUACACUUGCUGGUGGAGCGCAGGUGGCACGUGGCCAGGAAAUCUACUGGAAAAUGUUUUUUCCAGGGGGACCACGGAUUUGAUAACAAGGUCAACAGCAUGCAGACUGUUUUCGUAGGUUAUGGCCCAACAUUUAAAUACAAGACUAAAGUGCCUCCAUUUGAAAACAUUGAGCUUUACAAUGUCAUGUGUGAUCUCCUGGGACUGAAGCCGGCUCCCAACAACGGGACCCACGGGAGCUUGAACCACGUCCUGCGCAGCAGCACCUUCCGGCCGGCCAUGCCCGAGGAGGUCACCAGGCCCAGCUACCCGGGGUUCGUGCACCUCCAGGCUGACUUCGACCUGGGCUGCACCUGUGACGAUAAGAACAAAUUGGAUGAACUCAACAAACGCCUUCACACCAAAGGGUCCACCGAAGAGCGACAUCUCCUCUACGGACGACCUGCAGUGCUUUACCGGACAAGAUACGAUGUCUUGUAUCACACGGACUUCGAAAGCGGUUACAGUGAGAUAUCCCUGAUGCCGCUGUGGACUUCGUACACCGUUUCCAAGCAGGCUGAAGUCUCCCUUAUCCCCGAGCACCUGGCCGGCUGUGUCCGCCCCGACGUCCGUGUCUCCCCAGGCUUUAGUCAGAGCUGCCUGGCCUACAAGAAGGACGAGCAGAUGUCCUACGGCUUCCUCUUCCCGCCCUAUCUGAGCUCUUCGCCAGAAGCUAAAUAUGAUGCAUUCCUCGUGACCAACAUGGUGCCAAUGUACCCUGCUUUUAAACGAAUAUGGAAUUAUUUUCAGAGAGUGCUGGUGAAGAAAUACGCUUCUGAGAGAAACGGAGUCAAUGUGAUCAGCGGGCCAGUUUUUGACUACGACUUUGACGGUCUACAUGACACGGAGGAGAAGAUCAAGCAGUUCGUGGGGGGCAGCUCCAUCCCGGUGCCAACUCACUACUACAGCAUCCUCACCAGCUGUCUGGACUUCACUCAGCCGGCUGACAAGUGCGACGGCCCCCUGUCCGUGUCCGCUUUCAUCCUCCCGCACCGCCCCGACAACGACGAGAGCUGCAACAGCGCGGAGGACGAGUCGAGGUGGGUGGAAGAGCUCGUGAAGAUGCACACGGCUCGCGUGCGCGACGUCGAACAGCUCACCGGCCUGGAUUUCUUCCGCAAGACCAGCCGCAGCUACCCGGAAAUCCUGGCCCUCAAGACCUACCUGCACACGUAUGAGAGCGAGAUUUAGCGUCCCGAUCGCGCCGUGCAGCCGUAUCACCUGGUGUAUAUUUUUAUAUUGUGUAUUUAUUAAUUUGAACCAAGACAUUAAAAAAGACUUAGUAUUUUAAUCCUGUACCCAAUCUGACAUAUUUACCCUGAAUGACUCCACUGUCUUUCUCUAGCGCUUGCUUUAGGUUGCUGUGUUCCAGGUAGAGCUUGUAAUAAAUACUGCAGCUCAAGUUUGUAGUGGAAGCUUCUGACUGGUGCUGCAGAGUGAAUAGUUGCAUUGAGGAAAUAUUAAUUUUCCAGUGCACAGUUGCCACAGUGAGUCCUGUACUGUAUCGAAAUACUGAUUUUGUAAAGUCGCAUUCAUUUGCUGUUAACUAUGACAGAUGUAUUUAAGCCUUAUAGACCAAUCUUAAAUAUAAUAAAUCACACAUUCA